AUGUCGCUUGGCAAGACCAUGCUUGGGAGGAGACAUGUGUUGCCAUCAGUCACAUCGACUCUGACCGAACUUCAGGUGGAGGGCACCUUUCCAAGUGGUACUUACCUAGUUACUGUGCACCAUCCGGUCAGUAGUGACGACGGCAACCUCGAGCGAGCGCUAUAUGGGUCUUUUCUACCCAUACCAUCCAACGAUCUCUUUCCCCUUGAAGAUGCCAGUGUGUACGAGAGUGACAAGAUGCCUGGCGCCGUCGUCGUAGCGAAACAAAGCAAACCGAUUGUGCUUACCGAAGGUCGCAAACGAGUCAAACUGAAGGUGACGAGUAAGGGUGACCGACCGAUACAGGUUGGGAGUCAUUACCACUUUGUCGAAACGAAUCCUCAGCUCGAUUUCGACCGUGGCAAGGCCUAUGGGUGUAGGCUAGACAUACCUGCUGGAACUUCUGUCAGAUUUGAGCCCGGUGACAGCAAGACCGUCACAUUAGUCGAGAUAGGAGGAAACAAGGUUAUUCAUGGUGGCAAUUACCUUGCAACUGGAAAGGUCGACACCUCAAACAUCGACUCCAUUCUUGAAAAGAUUCAGAAGGCUGGCUUUGCACAUACACCUGAUCCAUCUACUGAUACAACGCAUAUCUCUGGGUACGAAAUGACUAGAGCAGACUAUGCGGGAAUGUUUGGCCCCACGACUGGCGACCUGGUGAGACUGGGAGCUACAGAUUUAUGGAUCAAGGUCGAGAAGGAUAUGACAGUAUAUGGAGAUGAGUGCAAAUUUGGUGGUGGUAAAACACUGCGAGAGGGAAUGGGACAGGCAUCAGGUCGCAAAGACGAGGAUGUAUUGGACACAGUUAUCACGAACGCCUUGAUAGUCGACUGGUCAGGAAUCUACAAAGCUGACGUUGGCAUCAAGAACGGAUUCAUUCGAGGCAUUGGAAAGGCCGGCAAUCCAGAUGUUAUGGACGGAGUAGAUCCUAACAUGAUUGUUGGUGCAAGCACCGAUGUUAUUGCUGGUGAACAUGAUAUCCUCACAGCAGGCGGUAUUGAUACUCACAUCCACUUCAUCUGCCCACAGCAAGCCCAAGAAUCUCUUGCCGCCGGUAUCACCUCUUUUCUUGGUGGGGGUACAGGACCAAGCACAGGAACCAAUGCUACUACUUGCACCCCUGGUAAGCAGCAUCUUAAGCAAAUGUUACAAGCCGUUGAUGUACUACCAAUCAAUUACGGUAUUACUGGCAAAGGCAAUGAUAGUUCUCCAAUAUCCUUGCGCGAACAGGCCGAGGCUGGAGCUUGUGGAUUGAAACUUCACGAAGAUUGGGGAUCUACACCAGCCGCUAUCGACACCUGCUUAGGAGUCUGUGAUGAAUACGAUAUCCAAACACUGAUUCACACGGACACAUUGAACGAGUCUGGCUUUGUUGAAACAACACUAGCCGCGUUUAAGGGUCGAACUAUUCACACGUAUCAUACUGAGGGAGCAGGAGGUGGUCAUGCCCCCGACAUCAUUUCAGUCGUGGAGCAACCCAAUGUGCUUCCUUCCAGUACAAAUCCUACUAGGCCAUACACCCGAAACACGUUGGACGAGCAUCUGGAUAUGUUGAUGGUCUGCCAUCACCUGUCCAAGAAUAUUCCUGAAGACGUGGCUUUUGCCGAGUCUCGCAUUCGAGCGGAAACGAUUGCUGCGGAAGACGUGCUUCACGAUCUGGGGGCAAUCAGCAUGAUGUCUUCAGAUAGUCAAGCGAUGGGUCGCUGCGGCGAAGUCAUUCUUCGCACAUGGAACACAGCACAUAAGAAUAAAAUGCAGAGAGGGCCACUACCCGAAGACAAAGACAGUGGCGCAGACAAUUUCCGUGUUAAGCGGUAUAUCUCCAAGUAUACUGUCAAUCCAGCCCUGACUCAGGGUUGGGGACAUAUCAUCGGCAGUGUUGAGGUUGGUAAAUUCGCUGAUUUGUGUCUAUGGAAGCCGGCCAUGUUUGGUACAAAGCCUAGCCUGGUCAUCAAGGGAGGUAUGAUCAGCUCUGCUUUUAUGGGUGAUCCCAAUGCGUCCAUCCCAACCAUCGAGCCGAUAAUCGUUCGACCACAAUUUGGAGCACUUGCACCACAAACGACUUGCAUUACAUUUGUGUCGAAAGCUUCGAUCGACAACGGUGCAAUUGAGUCGUAUGGACUUAAGAAGCGCAUCGAGGCAGUAAAAGACUGCAGAAAAGUGGGCAAAAAGGACAUGAAGUUCAACGACGUGAUGCCUAAGAUGAAAGUUGACCCUGAAAGUUAUCGGGUCGAGGCUGACGGCAUGCACUGUACUGCUGAGCCAGCGGAGACAUUGCCACUCGGGAGUGGAUAUUUCCUCUUUUAG